UCUUUAGACAGUGACUGAGUAUGGAUCAUUUGAACGAGGCAACUCAGGGGAAAGAACAUUCAGAAAUGUCUAACAAUGUGAGCGAUCCAAAGGGUCCACCAGCCAAGAUUGCCCGCCUGGAGCAGAAUGGGAGCCCGCUAGGAAGAGGAAGGCUUGGGAGUACAGGUGCAAAAAUGCAGGGAAUGCCUUUAAAACACUCGGGCCAUCUGAUGAAAACCAACCUUAGGAAAGGAACCAUGCUACCAGUUUUCUGUGUGGUAGAACAUUAUGAAAACGCCAUUGAGUAUGAUUGUAAGGAGGAACAUGCAGAAUUUGUGUUGGUGAGAAAGGAUAUGCUUUUCAACCAGCUGAUAGAAAUGGCAUUGCUGUCUCUAGGUUAUUCACACAGCUCUGCUGCCCAGGCCAAAGGGCUAAUCCAGGUUGGAAAGUGGAAUCCAGUUCCACUGUCUUAUGUGACAGAUGCACCUGAUGCCACAGUAGCAGAUAUGCUUCAAGACGUGUAUCAUGUGGUCACAUUGAAAAUUCAGUUACACAGUUGCCCCAAACUAGAAGACUUGCCUCCAGAACAAUGGUCGCACACCAAAGUGAGGAAUGCUCUGAAGGACUUACUGAAAGAUAUGAAUCAGAGUUCAUUGGCCAAGGAGUGCCCCCUUUCACAGAGUAUGAUCUCUUCCAUCGUGAACAGCACUUACUAUGCAAAUGUCUCAGCAGCAAAAUGUCAAGAAUUUGGAAGGUGGUACAAACAUUUCAAGAAGACAAAAGAUAUGAUGGUUGAAAUGGAUAGUCUUUCUGAACUAUCCCAGCAAGGUGCCAACCAUGUCAAUUUUGGCCAGCAGCCCGUCCCAGGGAACACAGCAGAGCAGCCUCCAUCCCCCGCGCAGCUCUUGCAUGGCAGUCAGCCCUCUAUCCGGACCCCUCUUCCAAACCUGCACCCUGGGCUUGUGUCAACGCCUAUCAGUCCUCAAUUGGUCAACCAGCAGCUGGUGAUGGCUCAGCUGCUGAACCAGCAGUAUGCAGUGAAUAGACUUUUAGCCCAGCAGUCCUUAAACCAACAAUACUUGAACCACCCUCCCCCUGUCAGUAGAUCUAUGAAUAAGCCUUUGGAGCAACAGGUUUCAACCAACACAGAGGUGUCUUCCGAAAUCUACCAGUGGGUACGUGAUGAACUGAAACGAGCAGGAAUCUCCCAGGCAGUAUUUGCACGUGUGGCUUUUAACAGAACUCAGGGCUUGCUUUCAGAAAUCCUUCGAAAGGAAGAGGACCCCAAGACUGCAUCCCAGUCUUUGCUGGUAAACCUUCGGGCUAUGCAGAAUUUCUUGCAGUUACCAGAAGCUGAAAGAGACCGAAUAUACCAAGACGAAAGGGAAAGGAGCUUGAAUGCUGCCUCAGCCAUGGGACCUGCCCCCCUGAUAAGCACACCGCCCAGCCACCCUCCCCAGGUGAAAACAGCUACUAUUGCCACUGAGAGGAAUGGGAAACCAGAGAACAAUACCAUGAACAUUAAUGCUUCCAUUUAUGAUGAGAUUCAGCAGGAAAUGAAGCGCGCUAAAGUGUCCCAGGCACUGUUUGCAAAGGUUGCAGCAACCAAAAGCCAGGGAUGGUUGUGCGAGCUGUUGCGCUGGAAAGAAGAUCCUUCUCCAGAAAACAGGACCCUGUGGGAGAACCUCUCCAUGAUCCGAAGGUUCCUCAGUCUUCCUCAGCCAGAACGUGAUGCCAUUUAUGAACAGGAGAGCAACGCGGUGCAUCACCAUGGCGACAGGCCGCCCCAUAUUAUCCAUGUUCCAGCAGAGCAGAUUCAGCAGCAGCAAUAGCAGCAGCAGCAGCAGCAGCAGCAGCAGCAGGUGCCUCCCCCUCCGCAGCCGCAGCCACAGGCACAGGCCGGCCCCCGCCUCCCCCCACGGCAGCCCACUGUGGCCUCGUCCGCAGAGUCAGACGACGAGAACCGGCAGAAGACCCGGCCACGAACAAAAAUUUCCGUGGAAGCCCUGGGAAUCCUUCAGAGUUUCAUACAAGAUGUGGGCCUAUACCCGGAUGAAGAGGCCAUCCAGACUCUGUCCGCCCAGCUUGACCUUCCCAAGUACACCAUCAUCAAGUUCUUUCAGAACCAAUGGUAUUAUCUCAAGCACCAUGGCAAACUGAAGGACAAUUCCGGUCUAGAGGUGGAUGUGGCAGAGUAUAAAGAAGAGGAAUUGCUUAAGGAUUUAGAGGAGAGUGUCCAAGAUAAAAAUGCUAACACCCUUUUUUCAGUGAAACUAGAAGAGGAGCUGUCAGUGGAAGGAAAUACAGACAUUAAUGCGGAUUUAAAAGACUGAGAUCAAA